UCUGAAUCGAAGCAGCCAAGAAGCGUCGCCGGCUUGGACUUGCCGCCGUGCGCGGCGCCUGCACCGGAUUUUGUAGCCUCCAGACCCGCCUCAGCCACGUCAGCUGCUUGCAAAUACAGAUCUGCAACUACUUUAUCAUCGAUAUGAUCUCCAGCGCCAACGAGAACAGCAGCAGCACGUACGAGCCGACGGUGUACACGUUGCUGCUCACGGGUAUGUGUCUGCUGAUGGCGCUGUUCCUCCUGACGCGGCUACUGGUGGCGGUACGCAAUAAAAACAAACUGCUCGCCUGGUCUACGGGCUUCUACUUGUUGUGUCUGCUCUGGACGGGCGUACGCGCCGCAUACUGGAUCAUCAUGUCGACUCAGUCCAGUAUGCGCUACCUGACGCUCUACCUGCUCUACUGGUCACCCACGCCCAUCCAAUUCGCCAACUUCUCGCUGCUCAUCCUGUUUUACAUCCAGGUACUCACUGGCCCAGAGUGGCGCUCCAAGUGGCGCAAUGUCUGUCUGCCACUCUACCUGCUGCUCACCAUGACCAUGGCCACGUUUACGGUCGUUUGGGCCUUCAACUCGUCCAACGACAUAUCCAAGGCAGCGCGGCGGGGGGAUGAGUACGAUCAGGAGUUCUCUAGAGUGUCAGAUGUCAGCGUGCAGCUGAAAUACUCGGCGUUCUCCUUCUUCCUGCUGAGUGUAUUAUUCGGCUUCUUCGGCUGGAAAAUGGCCAACGUACGUAUCAUUUCGUUGAAAAGAUUUAUGAGAAGCAAAGGCGCACCCACUGUGUGA